AUGUCCAAAGACCUGUCUGCCAAAGCACCCAGGAAGUUGCUUUCCACCUCCUCGCCCGAGGGCAUUCUGGUGGCCUCCAAAAUUACCCCUACCCGAUUAGCCAACCUUUUGAUCAGAAAAGGUCCGUUGCCAAUCCGCCACAUCACCAGCCAGUUGGCACUCGAGGUCCCCUCGUUCGACUUCUUGUCGUUGUCGAAACAGAGACGCUUGAUCAUGGCUGCCAUGGAACAAACAGACCCCUCCAACAACGUGGUGUUUGAAAAAAUCGGCUGGGGCCAGUGGGCCGUCCGCAAGACGGAUUCCGACUUCAUCGUCACCGAAGGAACGGAAGCCAGGCUCGAGGAGCCAUCUGUGGAAGCCUCGGACCCCGACUCCACAAAAAUCAACGUCAACGACUUGAGAAACCAAGCCAACGUGAAGUUGGGUUGGGCCAAGAAGGCGUCUCCUGCGUCCAGGAGAAGAGAGUCCAUCACCAACGCCAAAACCAACCUCCACAAUGUCAAGCUUCCCGAGGAACCCGACUCCAACGCGAUCGCCAGCGACUCGGAGGACGAAUACGGGUUGUCUGACAACGUCGAGAUGGACGAAGACGAUGACGACGAUGAUGAUGAAGAGGAGGACGAGCUAUUUGCGUUCGACCACGACGAGUCCAUCAACAAGUUCAAGAGAUCUCCCCCCAUUCAGUUCGCCAAAAGAGUGCCUAUCAAGAUAAGCCCUCCUCCAGGCCACGAGACGGGCCCCUCGUUCCGCCACCGCAGAAAGUCGUCCUCGUCCAACCCCAACAGCUCGAUCUCCAAGAUCCCCAACUACAGACACCAAUUGUUCAAUAGAUCUAGACUAAACUCGUUAGACAACUUGGACAAUUAUAUCAUGUCGUCGUCCAAAAACUCCAAUGUUUCCAUCAGCUCUCCGCCUCCGGCCCAGCCCCAGUUCCACCCAUACUACUCGUCUGCUUCUGCUGCCAAUUCUAUCUUGAGUGCCUCGCCAGUCGGCUCUUGGAACGGCAACAACAAUUACAUCCACCACUCGGCCUCAGCUACCAGCCCUGAGAGUAUUGCAGCCACAAUGAAUACCACCAAUAGGAGAAAGUCCUCGUUCAACGAGUCCCACUUGAGGUCCACCUUGUCGACCUCCGUACCCAAGAAUAACCCUGCCACCCCCACGUUAUCGGCUCAGCAGCUUACACAACCUUCCAACUCGCCCAAGAUUGCCAACUUGUUGAACAAGCCAUACGAGAACGAGUAUCUCUCGCAAUCGACCCUGGCUGUCAUCAAGAAGCAAACUCCUGAGCUCCAUGUCCGUAGUUACAGUGCCAGUGGUGCUGUCAAUCAAAGUGACACUGACGAGGAAGACUGGGCCACUAUUGGAGCCGAAACACUCAGAAAAACGCCUCUCAAACUGAAAAACCGGAUUCCCAGAUCCCCAACCUCCAAGCCCAACCACCCUCGCCAAAAAGGACACUCACGCCAGUCUUCAUUGGGGUCCAAUGUGGACGUCAAUGAAGAAGAGCGUUCUGCUGCGUUUGCUUUGGUUGAUCUUAGGUCGGUAUAA